UUGUAUCAGAAUUUGGGAUUUAAAACUUUUGGACCGUGCUGAAGGAAGAGAAAACGGGUUCCGGUGACGAACUGAGGUUUUCUUCACAAGUACAGGAUUUAUUCUUCACUUCAGGAGUUCCUUCUAUCUUACAAAAGCAUCGAUAUUUGGGUUUAUCUUGCAGUAAUCUGAGGAGCAUGUUUUCAGCUUCAUGUGCUGGAACAGACUGGGAUGUUUUUAGAGCCUCGAAGAGCCGUUAGACGGCACGCGCACGGUUUGCUGUUUGUUUUAAAAAAUGUUCGAACGUUUGAAAAUUAACCGUUUUAACCGUUUUAACGGAACUAACGGACAUCUGACCACAUCACGAUCCCGUUCAUGAGCAUCUAUUUUCCAGUGUGUUAUGGAAAUCUGCAGACUUUCGAGGCGUGAGACGUUAUUUUCUUCCACGUCGCGUAUUUAAACAGUAUUUUAUAUAUAAAUACUACAAACGGACCGUUUAUAAACAAGAAGAAAAACUAACAUCUCUGUGUAAACACAUCGGUAAAGUAAAACAGGAACCUGUAAACUUUAGCAAGAACAGACGCCAUCAGAAAUCACGGAAAUCGCUUCACCCUCCCUCUGCGGUUUCUAAUGGAUUUCAUAAAGGCAACACGAUUACUUCUGCACCUUUCUAACUCAUACAGUCGCAGCUGAAUGCAGGAUUAACGCCUCCAUUCGUUCUUCUCUACAGUAAGUGAUGAUGAAAAGGCGCCGGACGCUUCCAGUUUUUAUUAUAAAAGCAUCAGAAGUGCACAGCGUCUGUGUCUUCAUCACAUCAUGACAGCUCGGUUAAAACUUCAUAACUGUAACGGACACCACGCAGAGAUUCAGCACUGACAACAUGGCUUGGUCUGCUGUGCUCCGGUAACGGACAGACUGGACUUUUGGUGUCCGGUUAUUAACCGACAGCUGUGAUUCUUCCCACUAUAUAAACUAAAGUCUUUCUUCUCGAGUACGAGGCGAGAUACGUUGGUCUGCGCAUGCGCACAGCAAGAUCAAAUGCCCUGCUUCACAGAUCAGUUCAGGCUGUUUGCGGGUGCUGCUUGAAGGCCGAGUGUGUGAAGACUCCGAAUCUGAACGCAGAAGAGGACAUCGAGGCACACCGCCAAAAUGAAUGAAAGACAGGCUCUCCACUCCAUAAUGAAGGACCUGGUGGCUCUGCAGAUGACCAGACGGCAACCCUCAUACGACAUGCCGAAAGCCAAACCUGCUAACACCAACAGCACGGCCAACAGACAGGAUGACGUCAGAAUAAAGUUCGAGUUCUGCGGAGAGAGAAGGAUCUUGAUGUUUGGUCGACCUGUGCAGUUUGAGGAAAUCCAGCAAAAAGUCAAGACUGUGUUUGGGCAGCAGCUAGACCUGCACUAUAUGAACAAUGAGAUGUCGAUCCCGCUGCGUAGUCAGGACGACCUGGACAAAGCCAUUGACCUGCUGGACCGCAGCUCCAACAUGAAGAGCAUAAAGAUUCUGCUGCUCAUGGAGGAGCACAGUAACGUCUCCUCCCCGUCUCAUCACUCUGGGUGUAAACAGGUUCGGAUCAAAUCCUCCCAGUCCACAGGGGACGUGAGCACAGGCUAUCAGUCGUCUGAGCCCAGAGGACGCCACUCAUCCACCAGUUCUCAGAACACUGGGCGGAGCUCUCCACCCCCCGGCUACGUACCGGAGCGACAGCAGCGAAUCGCCCGCCAGGGAUCCUACACCAGCAUCAACAGUGAGGGCGAGUUCAUACCCGAGACCAGUGACCAGUGUGUGAUGGAUCCAUGGAGCAGUGCAGAAAACUCAGUAUCAGGAAGCUGCCAGUCACUCGACAGUAACUCGGACAGCCCCAUGCUUAGGAAGUCCCGCAUGCACAGAGCCAAGAGUUACCCUGAUAACAGACAGGACUGUUCAGACCGGGAGAACCACGUGCAUGAUAAGAUUGUGGGGAAAGGAGGGACGUACCCACGAAGGUACCACGUCUCUCUGCAUCACAAAGACCUCAGUGAAGGUCGACGCACGUUUCCACGGAUACGGCGCCCCCAGGGUAACCUGUUCACGCUGGUGCCGUCUCGACGCUCUCUGAACGGCAGCGAGGAGAGUCUGGGCAGCCGGCAGCUGCUCGACGCCCACUCCAGGCUCCGUCCCAAAGAGCGGCCGAUGCCUCACAAGUCGCCCACAGCUCCGGUGACGUGGCGGAGAGGUAAGCUGCUCGGCCAGGGAGCCUUCGGACGGGUUUAUCUCUGCUACGACGUGGACACAGGACGGGAACUGGCAGCUAAACAGGUCCAGUUCGACCCGGCAAGCCCUGAGACCAGCAAGGAGGUGAGCACUCUGGAGUGUGAGAUUCAGCUGCUGAAGAACCUGCAUCACGAGCGCAUUGUGCAGUACUACGGCUGCCUGCGAGACCUCAACGAGAAGACGCUCACCAUCUUCAUGGAGUUCAUGCCCGGGGGUUCAGUGAAGGACCAGUUGAAAGCCUACGGUGCUCUGACGGAGAACGUGACCCGGAAGUAUACCAGGCAGAUCCUGGAGGGCAUGUCCUACCUGCACAGCAACAUGAUCGUCCACAGAGACAUUAAAGGCGCCAAUAUUCUUCGAGAUUCCGUUGGGAACGUGAAACUCGGAGACUUCGGGGCCAGCAAGCGUCUGCAGACCAUCUGCAUGUCCAGUACGGGCGUGCGCUCCGUUACUGGGACGCCGUACUGGAUGAGUCCAGAGGUCAUCAGCGGAGACGGCUACGGUCGCAAAGCUGACGUCUGGAGCCUCGGCUGCACCGUGGUGGAGAUGCUGACUGAGAAACCACCCUGGGCCGAAUACGAGGCCAUGGCCGCCAUCUUCAAAAUCGCCACCCAGCCCACCAACCCGGUGCUGCCCUCCCACACCUCAGAGCAGACGAGAGACUUCAUCCACCGCAUCUUCGUGGAGGCCAAACACAGGCCGAGCGCAGAGGAGCUGCUCAGGCACCCGUUCUCUCAGAUCCUCUGCUGAACCGGCCGCAGUCGUUCGGCGUAUCCGUCCACCAUCGACAUAUCCGGUCAGGGAUUGGUCAGGGAUCAUGAACCAGGACUCCUACAGUCCGUCUUUGCAUGAGCGCUGAGAUUUUGAGCUCCUGUCUCUCAAGCUUCUUGCAGAUCUCACUUCACACGGGUGUGUAAACAGGCGGGGCUCGAGGAGAAAGCUGACGGGGUGCACGUGAAAGCUCUGCUUUACCACUCGUGCCUUCUGAACCUGAGCUGCUACACUAUCACAGGUUAGUGAGGUUUGCUGACCCACUGGUCGCCUGUAUAGCAAACAAAUGCAGUCCUAGACAUCGUAGAUAUCUCAACUACAUGUUUUUAUCAGCUGAAACACAGCAGGGAUAAAAAUCAAGGCUUAUGGGCUGCAGGUCGAGAAGCACCGACUUUUCUUUAUACAAGUGAAACGUCUGGAUUUUCAUGUAUGUUUCAUGUAUAGAUUCUGGUUCUGUCACACUUAGUGGCUUCAACACAACCGAUCUUAUUCAGUAUUCACUUUCAAAUCGACUUUAAGUUGACAGGUGCUAGCAGCGUUAUCUCAAAACGUAGUAUUUCACAGCCUUUACUCACUAGUAUUGCGACGAUGGGUAACGGUAAGCUCAUAUAAAAGUGCCCUUGGAUCAGUAACACUGAAUAAUACAGAUCAAGCCAAAAAACACAUAAUAAUUAUAAUAAAAUUAGCCAUCAUUAAAUAGUAAAUGGGGCCCGACAAUUAUGAACUGUUUACCACUGAUACCAAAGAGCUAAAAAGACAGAAAACUGAUAUUAAUUUAAUAUUUUAAAUGAAUAAAACUUUAGGAUAGUGUUGGGUAAAGAGAGCUAUCUGUAUUAUUAGCAGUAUUAAUGCUAAAUUAUCAGACCAGCUCCUGUAUUUAGGGGUCAUUACAGCGGAUCUGGUCCACAUACCUGAAUUGGCACGUUUUUAACACCAGAUGCCCUUCCUGACCAGUACACCUCCCGAUGCCUAGGUUGUUUCAACCAAUCCAUCCUCCCAGACAUAACCAAUCAUGUCUGUAUAGCACCACUGAGAUUCAAACCCUGGACCCUGAGCUAAAGUAUUUUACUGCCGUGCCAUAUAUAAUAAUAAUAAUAGUGCAAAGAAAUGCUAUCAAAUAGAUUACAUACAUUUUAUCAUCUUAAUCUUGACUAUUCCGAAUAAUCAAUAAUUUUAUGGUGUACAGUGCAUAGUUAACGUUCCAAUUCAUCCCAAAAGACAGACCCUGGAGAGAGCCUUGUAGUUCCUCUACACCAAACUUGUCAAACCAUGUCUUGAUGGACCUGCUUUUGUGCACCGGAUCACAGACAUGCUUAAACAGGAAAGGUCCUUCCCCACAGAAACACUAAUUAGUAUCAAUAAUUAGUAUUAUCAUACUUCGGGCCGUGUAAUGUAUAAUGAUCAAAUCCAGACAAAGUCAAGGCAUGAUUGGAGGUCUGGGCGGGUGGCGGAAGGCCUGCGAUGGAUUGGUGCCCUGUCCAGGGAAUUCCUUAUAUGCCUCAUGCACAGCGUUUCCUCAGUGGACCCGUCGCGACCCCGACCAGGACAAAAAAAAUGAAAACAAAUGUACAGCAUUAAGUUCGAACAUUUCCGUUUCUGUCCACAAGGUGGCGCCAUUCGCAGUAAUACUUAAGAGCCAAACCAACCCACCUUCUGUCCUACAGUGUUGGAAAGCAAAUGAUGAACCGUUUAGGUUUAUUUGCUAGAUAUUUAUAUUGCUUCUUAAUUUGUUUAAAAUUUUAAACACACCAGAAUACGAAUUACAACAUAAACCUUUCUCAAAGAAUUUAGCAUCAAAUCAAUCAAUUAAUAAUUGUUCAGAGGUUUAUCAGCGGCUCAGGUGCAGAAACGGUGUCAUUUGUGGACACCAGUUCAUAAACUAUAUAAAAUUACAUGGGUUAACAGCAGUAGUGUCCUUAUUUAACAUGGCAGGCCUGUAAACACAAUCAUACAGUUCUACAAAUCAUACAGGGUGUCGGACACCCUGCUCUUACUCCCCAAUUCCACAGUGACCGUGACAGAGGCGCUCGCCUGAAGUAGUUCUGUCCUGUAUAAUAAAAUCGUUUGAUUUAAAAAGGGAAACGUGUUUCCUGUACACUCACUGUUACAGUGGUCACUGUGUGGGACGGUGUAAAGCCGUAAAACCCAAACGGCCACUUCAUUCUUAACCUGGAGGUAAAUUAAGAAGUGAUGAGCGGCUUCUGAUCACCUUCUGACUUUUUAAAAGGUUAAAAUUGUAUCUGAGAACCCUUGAUGAGCCCAUAUUAUCAGUGAACCAACGUACAGGUUGUGUCUUUAUUUAAGGUGUUAAAAGCAGAUCAGGAUCAGAGGAGCUGGUCUGGUGAUAAAAGCCGCUGUGCCUUCAGCUCGGUCAGAUCAGAUCAGAUGCACUUUUGCUAAAUGAAUGUUGUCGUAUUUACCAAAUAGUUUGGUUUUACCAAAUCUUUCAUUUUUUGAAAUGUUUUUUAUUUAUAUCCCAGUGCUCAGCUGUUUUUUUUUUUUCUAUAUACAAAUAUUCAUGUAUAAAUAUAUAUUUUUAUAUCUGGACUACUUUGAAAUAGAUCCAUCUGUUUCGGAAAACAGAGAAUGAGAUGAAACGGUGUGAGAAGCCAUAAACAAACCAAAACGAAGGAAUGACUAAUGUUAGCAGCUGGUUUUGCGGAGACAUUUUGUGCAUUUUUUUGGGUGGAAAAUGCGCUCUGGCGAUUCAACCCGUCCCUCGUCUGAACGAGUAGAAGGCUUAGUGUAGAAUGCUUGAUUCUGACAGGCUGAUGUGCGUAUGUGAAGAUGGAUUUGGCAUGUUGGCUGGUUUGCUAGUAGGGUUAGGUGUAGGGAAAUUUUAGGGUUUUGAGAAAUGCAAAUUUUGCCGAUUUCGUUUAACCGAUGAUCGACUGUCAUUAUUUUAUAAUUUUUUAAGAUAAACGUAAAAACUCUGAGCAGCACUAUACAGUAGAUUGAUUAUAAAUCUCGGUUGGUAACGAACAGUUCAUUACAAGUGCUAACUAAACAUGUUCAUCAAACAAUAGAGAUGCAGUCGGUAUCCUGAGAACGUUAGUGUGGUUAUUGUAAGAUGACAAUCUGAGCUUUACCUUUAUACCGGGUCAGGAUGCAAAAUAUCCACAUCAUUUUUGUGAACAAAGUUACACACAGAUCAGAUGUGAAGAGUUUAGCAUGCAGCGCAGUCAGUCAUGAUUUAAAUAAUGUAAAAAUAAUAUAGGUGGCACAGCGGGAUAUUCCGCUUCUGAGCUCCUCGGUUCGAAGCACGGCGUUGCCACCGAUCUAGCGGGCAUAAUUGGCAGUGCCGGUAGGGAGGGAUGACUGGAAUAUGUGGGCGGACCCUGAUUGGCGGAUAGAGGCGCCUGUGCAGAGUGCACGGGUGGAAAAGUGUUCCGUUAAGGGCUGCGUGCGGGUCGGAGGAGGCGUGAGCAGCAAUAUACCCACCUCGACUGCAAAAAAUCAGGGAUCCUCCAGCAGCGGAAGACUGAUUGAGUACGAUAAAUUGGAGAAAAUACAUAAUUAAAAUAGAAAAAAAUUAUAUAUAAAUGAUAAAAGUUUUCUUGUGCCAGUUUGAACUGUGGCGCUCUUCUCGUCUGUACCCAGAAGUGGCGUAAGAGCCCUGAAGGUAUCUCCAUGCGAGUCUCAAUUCGGUGAGAAAAAGGAGGAGAUAUCUUUCUAGCUACGCUCUCAAUUCCAGUGAAGUCCAGCAGUGUUUGAACUACGACUUCUUUGUCGGUUAUCGAUUAUCGGUUAAUCGUUGUCAUCCUUUAUUUGCUAGUGAAAACAGCCUGUAACCUGUUGUUGGAUUCAGUAAGUCGAUAGGAAGAGAAGAAAGUGAAAGAUUUAAGUGUAUUAGAAAGUGAUGCACCUCUCGUUCUCUUAUAUUGACCAUCUGAGCAGCGUAGCGUUGAUAUCGAGGGACGCCGGUGGACGCCGAGGGGGCAAGUUCCACUCAGCUCGACGACUUUGAUUAACUCAGGGUUUAAGUGACGAACGCCCAUCAUGAGGGCAAACAAAUUCUCUGAUCAGUGUCAGUCUUUGUCUUCACCCCCAACCCCCUUAUUUUGGCUUCUCUUUGAGGCUUGAUGAUGGACAGUAUGGCUGCUAGGUGUGUUUUGGCAGCUAGGUAUCAGUAUUGAACCAAUUAAACACUCAGUCACUCCUCGAGUGAUUUUAUUUGUUAUUAUGUUUGUGGAUUGUAAAAAACCCUGAGAUAAGCAAAGGAAAAUGAACCAGUUCAUUAAGUUAAAUAUAUAUGAUUAUGUAUCUUGACGUGACUUGCAGUGCAGAGUCCAAUGUAUCAAAGUCAUUUACAAUAAAGAAUUAUAUUCUCAAA